CUUUUCGUUUCACUUCCUUUUUUUUUUAUCUUUUCGAUAAUGUCAGCCAGCAUGGAUUUGUCUCGCAUGUGUAGCGUUGGGUUAUUAACCCACGAAUGUUUUGAUGAUCUUGGCAACUUCAUUGUGCAAGCGGAAGAAGCAGGUCAUGAUUUCGUGGUGACUCCCAUCUCGCACCCUACUUUUCGACGCGUCUUGAAUGAAGAUAAUGCCACAGACAAGGAAACGCAAGAGAACUGGAAAGAUCGUCCCGUCUUUAACCGCAACGAUUUAGUCAUCAAGUCAGCCGAAUGGUCUGGAAAGGCUAUUGGGUUAUUAGCAAACUGGAUCCAUCUUGAUUCAACCAACGCUGAAAUCCGUCUUUGUUCCGAGUUGGCUUUAAAGCAAGAAAUCGAAUGGGCUUGUCAUAUUAGUUUAACAGGUCUUAUUUUCCCUUCUUUGCCCAAGGGUAGCUUGUUCAACACAGCCAGAGCCAUUAACAAUGCUGUACGAUCCAUGUCAUUCACACAGUUUUUGGUGAGAGUGCCAUUAACUGAUAAAUCUGCAGUACAAUCCAACCUUCCCUGGAAACAAUGGAACCGACUCAGAACAUUGACAGAAUACAACACGAAAAUUGGUGUAGUGCUUGAGCUGACCUCCGAGUUACCGAUUGACGAAAAGUUAUUGAACAUGUGGCUCGCUGAGCCAGUAAAGGCAGUAAUUGUGCCUGCCGAGAUCUUUGUGGAGAAUUCCAAGGGAUAUCCUGUGCUGACGAAACCUCACCAAAAGUUCAUCAAGAAAUUGAUGGACAAGAUGAAGCCCGAUAUGAUUGUGACUUUACCUAACACACCGAUUCACAAAUUAGCCACGCCCUCUUCUUACAGUGAAUACAUUAGUUUCUUGAACCGCAAUUUACCCGAGUUACAGGACGUGGACAAGUUUGCUACAGGUUAUCAGGAUUAUUUGCAGGCUCCUUUACAACCUUUGAUGGAUAACUUGGAGAAUCAGACGUAUGAGGUUUUUGAAAAGGAUCCCAUCAAGUAUCAACAGUAUGAAAAGGCGGUUUAUAAAGCAUUGAUGGAUCGUGUUGAACAUAAUUCGGAUAUCGUCACUACAAUCAUGGUGGUAGGUGCUGGUAGAGGACCUUUGGUCAAUUGCUGUUUACGUGCGUCAGAAAAGUCCGAACGUAAGGUCCAUAUUUAUGCGCUUGAAAAGAAUCAAAAUGCGUUUGUUACAUUACAAAAUGCGAAAGCGGAUGUAUGGGGAGAUAAGGUGACACUUGUAUUUGCGGAUAUGAGAAAAUGGAAACCUGCCACGCAAUGUGAUAUUUUAGUAAGUGAGCUUCUGGGAUCAUUUGGCGAUAAUGAAUUAUCACCCGAAUGUUUAGACGGAGCGCAAAAGUUUUUGAAGGAGGAUGGUAUUUCUAUUCCUGCGAAUUAUACGGCGUAUGCUUCACCUUUGGCAUCGACCCGAUUGAACAAUAAUGUGGCUGCUUAUAAAGAUUUGGAGCAUUAUGAGACGCCGUAUGUUGUGAUGUUUCAACAAGUAUGUGAAUUAGCAGCACCUAAACCUCUUUGGGAAUUCAGUCAUCCCAAUAAGCAAAUCGGUGUUGAACCCAUGAACAACUUACAUAAUGUACGUUAUAGUCAAGUUUCGUUUGAUGUGGAGCAUGAUAUGGUGAUGAAUGGUAUUGCAGGAUACUUCGAAUCUGUGCUUUAUAAGGAUGUGAUGAUCUCCAUUCGUCCCGAGACACAUUCACCAGGUAUGUUUAGUUGGUUCCCUAUCUUCUUUCCUAUCCGUACUCCUGUUCAAGUACCCCAAGGCUCGACCGUUACCAUGGAUUUCUGGAGAUUGACUGAUGCAAAGAAGGUGUGGUAUGAGUGGACAGUGUCUGUCUAUGGUAGUGGAGGUCAGGAAAUGACCGUCUUACCUAUUCACAACGUGCAAGGCAGAUCCUACUAUGUCGGACUUUAGUUGCUUUCUUUUUUUUUUGUAAAACACACGAUGACAUGUGUGAUCUAUCAUCCCAAAAAAUAAAAAAAAAUAAAAAUUGAAAAAAAAAAAGAGGC